AUGGCCGGAACCUUAUGGACAAGCACAACCGGACUCGUCGACCUGUCAGCCAAUAUACCCGUCGCGACGAAACAUGUGUUCGGCAUCGGGAGCAUCACGAAGGUCUUCGUUACCGUUGUAAUUAUACAGCUCGUCGAGGAACAGAAGCUCCAUCUAGACGACGCCGUUGGCGGUCUUCUCCCUCGAGAGAUCUAUGAGGGGAUCGAGAACGCCCAAGAAGCUACCGUUGCAACGCUGCUGAGUCACACGGCUGGCGUCGAAAGCUGGGAAGACGAUCCGAUAUGGAUCGCGCAUGGCAGAGGCAGGGAACUUGACCCUCACAGGAUUUGGAGCAAGACGGAGACACUGGACUACGUCCGCCGACCGAAUCUGUCAGGUCCCAAGCCUGGAAAGUUCUCCUACUCGAACACGAAUUUUACCUUACUCGGCCUGAUCGUGGAGACGAUAACGAAGCAGACGGCAGAGAGCGAGAUCCGGAGACGCAUCCUCGAGCCCUUGGGCAUGGAGAACACGUACCUGGAAGGGUUUGAGGAGCCUAUAACUCAAAGUAUCUCCCCGCGUCGCUACCAUUGGAACACGGCCGAGUUUCGUUCCUCGGCGGGGAUAUGCCCCGACUUCUCACUGCCCCGGAGCGAUCUAAUUGACGCAACCGGCUCGAACCUCUCCGUCGAAUGGACAGCUGGCGGCCUGGUCUCAUCGCCUUCAGAUCUGAUUACGUUCGGCGUGGCCCUUCGCGAUGGCAAGCUACUAAGCCCCUCGUCACUGGAUGUCAUGAAAGACUGA